CGCGCCUGCCCGCGGGCGGGCGGUGUGGCCUGCGGGAGCAGCGGGACGGCGGCGCCGGUGCUCGGGCGCCCGUCACGGAGCGGCGGCGGCCCGCAGGAUGCCGGGUCUGGUGGUGUUCGGCAGGCGGUGGGCCAUCGGCAGCGACGACUUCGUCCUCCCGGGCGCCUUUGAGCUCUUCGUCAGGCUGGUGUGGUGGAUUGGAAUUCUUGCUCUUUACACAGUUCAUAAAGGGCAGUUUAACUGUCCUGGGGGAGGAUUGCUGCACAGCUACUUGCUCGUCCUUCUCAUUCUCCUGGCUUCUAUAAUAUGUGCAUUAUCUGCUCUUGUAUACGUCAGUAUGCAAGGAACAAUUUCUAAUCCAGGCCCAAGAAAAUCACUUCCCAAGCUACUUUAUACUCGCCUACUUCUCUAUUUGCCUGAAUUCAUCUGGGCUGUUGUAGGAGCUGUAUGGGUGACAGACAGCAGUGUGCACUGCGAGAAGACUGUGAUAAAUGUCGUCAUUGGGACAGUUAUUGCAAGCUGGGUUAUCAUCAUCUUUACCAUCAUUGGAGUUGUAAUCGUCUUUGAUCCACUUGGUGGGAAAAAGACAUUUUACCUCACCGAUAGUGUAAAUCGGAACCUGGAAAGCAGUCAGUCAGGGCAGUUGCUAUAUAAUGUGAAGAACACUGCCACCAGAGUCUGGGAAAAAAGAAUCAGGUUACUGUGUUGUUGUAUUGUGCAAGAUGAUGACCAUCGCGUGGCUUUUACAAGUAUUGCAGAGCUUUUCCGCGCCUACUUUUCAGACACUGAUCUGGUGCCAAGUGACAUAGCAGCUGGUUUGACUCUGCUCCAUCAAGAGCAAGAUAAAAUGGAAAGUUGCCCAAAAGAGCCUGAAGAAGUCCUGUGUCAUUCUCCAUCAUCUCUUGUGACAGACGAUUUGGAUAUUGAACUGGAGAAUGCUGCUCACUAUAUGCUGUUUGCUGCAGCUGCUUAUGGCUGGCCCUACUACAUAUACACCAACCCAUUUACUGCACUCUGUAAGCUCAAUGGUGACUGUUGCGGAACUAGACCGACAGAUACUGAUAUAACUGGCAGUGAUCGUCGUAACUUUCACUUUGGAUCCAUCCUAAGAAUAACAGGACUGCAGUACAGAGACUUCAUUCAUAUCAGUUUUCAUAACAAGAUCUAUGAGAUUCCAUUUUUUGUUGCUUUGGAUCACAAAAAAGAAGCUAUUGUGGUUGCAGUGAGAGGGACCUUGUCUUUUGAGGACAUUCUCACUGAUCUGUCAGCAGAUUGUGAAGACUUGACACUGGAGGAUGUUCUAGAGAAUGGCUUUGUACAUAAGGGAAUAACUCAAGCUGCAAACUACAUCUAUCGGAAGCUAAUAAAUGAUGGAAUUUUAAACCAGGCUUUCUCAAUUGCUCCAGAAUAUAAACUUGUGAUAGUUGGUCACAGUUUGGGUGGUGGAACAGCUUCUAUAUUGGCAAUCAUGCUCAGGAACUCUUUCCCAACAUUAAGGUGUUAUGCCUUUUCUCCUCCAGGAGGACUGUUAAGCAAAUCACUUGCAGAUUACACUAAGCACUUCAUUGUUUCAGUCAUUGUUGGAAAGGACCUUGUUGCAAGGUUAAGUAUGCCCAACAUGGAGGACUUAAAAAGGAGAAUAGUGAGAAUUGUGGCAAACUGCAACAGACCCAAGUACCAGAUUUUGCUGCGUGGAUGUUGGUACGAAGUAUUUGGAGGAGAUCCAGAUAACUUCCCAACUGAGCUGGAUGGUAGAAACCAAGAUGCCCUCACCCAGCCACUUCUAGCUGAGGAGAGUUUAAUGGUUCAUCGAUCACCUUCAUACAAUGCCCUUGAGAAUGAAUCGCACUUAAAUUCACCACCUCAGUAUCCUCAUCUGUAUCUUCCUGGAAAGAUUAUCCAUAUUGUAGAAGAAUCCAGCUCUAGGAGGUUGUGCUCUUCAGAUAUGAAAUACACAGCAAGAUGGUCAAAUGAAAGAGUCUUCAGCAGCAUUUUAAUAAGUCCCAAGAUGAUAACAGACCACAUGCCAGAUGUUGUGCUCAAAGCUCUGAACAGUUUGUCUCAGGAACACGGAUCAUGUAUUUCUUGUCAAACACAAGAAUGUAACACCAAUGUAGUAUAACCAUAGCUCGAAGACGAGGUGUGGGGGUUUUUUAUUGCAGGUUUCAAGUAUUCAAGACACAUUCCACUUAAGUCAAAGUGGAUUUCAGUACUUUUCUUGCAUUGUGUAAAGUAAACAAGGGUCUUAAUGCCCUUGCUUCUGCAGCAACCUCAAGUAACAUUAUGCUGGUUAAAGCACAGAUUCUGCAUUGAUGCUGAAGGUUGAGCUUUUACAAAAUGGAACAGUAUGAGGAGUUCUAGCUAAGCCUGUGUACACUGGUGCACAAGAGCCGAGGCGUCAACUGAAUACUUGACUGCAGUGAGUGGGUGCGUGAGGACAGCUUGGCCUAUGCAUUAGAGCAGAGCCCUGUCAGACCUAAAAAAAAAAAAAAAUAAGUCCAGUUCUGCUUCAAAGUCACUUCAGGCCAUUGCCUUAGUGCCCUGUGACUGACCUUUGCAAAGCCUGGAGGGUGUUGUAGGAAAGGAGCGCUAUGAAAGCAACAGUGCAGUGCACCAGAGGCUGCACCAUCUCUCAGCGGCUGGAGGUGGGUAAGUAAGUGAACAAGUCUGCGGCAGGUGGGAGUGUGCAGGCAGGCUGCCCACGCUGGUUUUUAAUCAGGCAGUUCUGACUGAUUGCACUAUUUUUCUUACAGAUUGUGGUAGUAUCCUAGGGGGGGGGGGGGCAGGGAAAUGUUGUGGUUAAAUGCUGCUUGAAUAUACAUGUGCAAUAUUAUUUCAUCUACCUGUCUUUUGUAUUUGUUGAUCCAUGACUACUUUUAUUGAUUUUAAACUAAACUAAUACUAUAACUACUUAAUGAGGAGAAAAAAAAAUUUUUUCAUGCCUUGGCAUCAUCUGAGUCACUAGCUCUGACUGCCAAGAGCACUGAUCUAAUUCUGCCAAAAAAUGUAUAACCAGUUCUACUGAUUUUAAAAAAGUGGAUUCCUUGUUUCUAGUGUGCAACUAUUUUAACUUUUUUUUUUUUUAAGGCUCAGCAGCAUUUCCUAUUAAAAAAAAUCAUAGAAAUAAGUUAUAAAGUAAUAUGACAUGGUUGAGAAUAACUGUGUGGAUGUUCUUGCUGUGAUACUUAAUACAGAGACAAAAUAAAAUGCACUCUAAAA